AUGAUCGAUCAAACAGACUCUAAAUUUCAGUUCUAUCCCAGCUCUUCUCGAUUCCGGCAUAGUUUUCGCCGAUUCCGGCAGGUUCCUUGCCGCCGGAACCGACCAUGCCAUAAUAACCUGGGAUCUUCUUCCUCGAUAAUGUAUUCGUCAACAACAAAUGUAGAUAGUUGUCUUGGUGAAAACGUCCAUGAAUCAAGUAUUGUACAAAAUUCCAUUCUUGACAUUGUUGCACUUCAAAGCGAUGUUGGUUUUAAAAUCGGCAAAAUCACAAAUAUCAAAGGGAAAACUUAUUCAAUUACUUUAUUUUAUUUCAAAUUAGGUUCACAAAACGAAGUGUUCAUGGAAGAUGAUAUAUUAGUUAAUUUUGGUAGUUGCAACUCACGGAAUAUGUUUGAUUUUGAUAAGUCAAAGUUAAAAUACUUAUUUGAUAAAUUAAAUGAAACUGAUCCUGAUCAUUGCUCACUUAUUCAGUUACUAAAACAAUUAGAAUUAAAAGAUCAAGUAUGUUUGUUUCCUUGUUGUCGUUCCACAAUAAAGACAAGAACUAUUCCUGUGAGCUCUCUAUAUCCAAAUCAAAUCCACCAUCAAGGAAAAGGAGAGACUCAACGAGAAUAA